GAAAGGGUACAAGAUACUUCACUUUUCCAAUUUUGCCCCCAAGCCCGGACUGUUUUCCAAUCCAAAAUGCGAGAAAUUCUUCACAUCCAAGGAGGGCAAUGUGGGAAUCAAAUCGGAUCAAAGUUUUGGGAAGUUGUUUGUGAUGAGCACGGCAUCGAUCCAACUGGUCGGUAUGCUGGAACCUCCGAUCCACAGCUAGAGAGGGUUAAUGUGUAUUACAAUGAGACCGAUGGUGGUCGGCGGUACGUGCCACGGGCCGUGCUUAUGGACCUUGAGCCCGGGACUAUGGACAGCAUUAGGACUGGCCCAUAUGGGCAGAUUUUUAGGCCCGAUAACUUUAUUUUUGGGCAGUCUGGGGCUGGGAACAAUUGGGCCAAGGGACAUUACACUGAAGGUGCUGAGCUUAUUGAUUCAGUCCUUGAUGUUGUUAGGAAAGAAGCUGAAAACUGUGACUGCUUGCAAGGGUUUCAAGUGUGUCAUUCACUUGGAGGUGGAACUGGAUCUGGAAUGGGAACUCUGCUGAUUUCCAAGAUUAGGGAAGAAUAUCCGGAUCGAAUGAUGCUUACUUUCUCAGUCUUCCCAUCUCCGAAGGUGUCGGACACUGUGGUAGAGCCUUACAAUGCAACACUCUCUGUUCAUCAGCUGGUGGAGAAUGCUGAUGAGUGUAUGGUACUUGACAAUGAAGCACUCUACGAUAUCUGCUUUCGGACUCUCAAGCUCAGCACCCCUAGCUUUGGGGACUUGAACCACCUGAUUUCAGCAACAAUGAGUGGGGUGACUUGCUGUCUCCGAUUCCCAGGCCAACUCAACUCUGACCUCCGAAAACUAGCCGUAAAUCUAAUCCCAUUCCCUCGACUCCACUUUUUUAUGGUGGGAUUCGCACCACUGACCUCAAGAGGCUCACAGCAAUACCAAGCCCUCUCGGUCCCAGAACUAACCCAACAAAUGUGGGACUCCAAAAACAUGAUGUGUGCAGCUGAUCCACGCCACGGUCGCUACCUCACAGCCUCCGCGCUAUUCCGUGGCAAAAUGAGCACGAAAGAGGUCGACGAACAAAUCACGAAUGUCCAAAACAAAAACUCUUCGUAUUUCGUGGAGUGGAUACCGAACAAUGUGAAGUCGAGCGUUUGUGACAUCCCACCAAAAGGGCUUUCAAUGGCCUCGACAUUCAUUGGGAAUUCGACAUCGAUUCAAGAGAUGUUUAGGAGGGUGAGUGAGCAAUUUACUGCUAUGUUUAGGAGGAAGGCAUUUUUGCAUUGGUAUACAGGGGAAGGAAUGGAUGAGAUGGAGUUUACCGAGGCAGAAAGUAAUAUGAAUGAUCUUGUCGCGGAGUAUCAACAAUAUCAGGAUGCAACGGCCGAGGAUGAUGGUGAUUUUGAGGAUGAUGAUAAUGAUGAUGAUGGUGGUAUUAGUACGGGGAACUGAAGGUGUUCGCUUAAUUUGCUUGUUCGUAUGCUUCGCGCAGCGAUAAAUAAAUAGAUUUAUGUCUCCUAAAUGUUAUGAUGAUCUUGGUGGUGAAGGAUGCAAAUUUUUUUAUUUUUAUUUUUUAGGGUUGAACACCUAAUGAUCCUCAAAAUUUAAUGCAUUAGUUUUUUUUGUUCUUCUCUGAUGAAGAAUGACCUUCUAUCAAAUGGCUGUUUCAUUUUAAUUUUUUUUCAUCUAUGUUGAGCAAAACUGGUAUACUUGGAAGUGCAUAACUUAUCUAA